UUACCCCAUAGUGGUAGCUGGCUAGGUUCUUCCAGAGCUCCGCUGCAGAACACCUUCUCUCUCUUAUUUCAAACCCUUAACCCCUCUCCACCAUUCUUCAUCAGGCUUUUGUUAAAAAGCUUGCAACUUUCACAUAAUACAACAAGAUUGGUAAAUGAUGGAAGAGAAAGAGAAAUUAGAUAGUUACAAAGUUGGAUCUUUGCCUACUGUAAUAUAUAUACCUGAUUUCAUCACAGAUAGUGAACAAAGCUUUCUUCUUAACAAUAUAUAUGGAGCCCCUGCAUCAAAGUGGAAGUUGUUGAAGAAUAGGAGGUUACAGAAUUGGGGUACGAUGGCCUCUUACUUUUUAUAUAUCCGGUUUCCGUGUGCUAACUGUGUAGAUUGUGGCGUUGUCCAUGAGAAGGGCCUUCUACCUCAACCAUUGCCUCCAUGGUUAACAAAUCUUACACAAAAGAUAUCAGAAGAAUCAGAACUAUUUCCAUCAGCAAUCAAUCAUGUUCUCAUCAAUGAGUACUUACCUAACCAAGGCAUAAUGCCACAUCAAGAUGGUCCAGCUUACUUCCCAGUUGUAGCUAUUCUUUCACUUGGAUCGCCUGUCGUCAUGGACUUUACACCUCAUGCUAGAUUUAAACUAGAUCCGCAAGAUGUUAAUGGCAACGAUUCUGAUGGAGAAGAUAAAAGGCUUGAUGAUAAUUACCUCCCAUUCUCUGUUCUAUUGAUGCCUCGCAGUCUACUGAUAUUCAAGGAUAAGGCAUACUCAGAUUAUUUGCAUGGUAUUAAAGAUUGUGUGGUACAAUGCUAUGAUGGGGCUGUAAAUGAAAUGGAAGCUUUGAAACACAAUGAAUCAGAUAGACCCUAUUUUGGCUCAGAGGAAUCAGUGGAAACAAUGGGGAAGGAAGAGAGUAAGGAUAUAUCAAGAACAUCCACUAGAGUUUCAUUAACUUGUAGAUUGGUACCAAAAGUUCACAAGAAUUUGUUUAGGUUUUGAAAAUUAUAAUUUUAAAAUUUCCAUCUUUUAUCCAAUUGUGUUAGUAGGAGUCUCACUCCAUUGUGUUACAAAAUCAGGACAAGUCUUUAUUAAUACCCUAAUCCCGUUAUUAAUCUACUGUAUGCACAUAUUUUAGAUGCAGAUAUUGAAAUAAAAUGACUUAGAGUUUAUUAAAAGGAUUUUUGCUAA